AUGGAAGUCCUGUGGAGGAAAAUUGGAUCAGAAUAUAUCUCGGUUCAUGAGUACUCGGAUGAGGGUAGCCGGGACCUUCCAGGGGAGCGUUACCAGACCCGGACGGAGCUGUUCCGGCAGGAGUUCAGCAGUGGGAAUGUGUCCCUGAAGCUGAAACAGCUCCAAAUGGCAGAUGCUGGGACAUAUCAGUGCCUUGUGAGGAACCCAGAAUGGAGCCAGGAAGCCAUCACUGAGCUACGGGUUGCAGCUGUGGCUCCCGUGUUCAUUGAUGUGCUGGGCCCCCGGGGCCAGGGGAUCUGUCUGGCUUGUAGAGCCACAGGCUGGUUCCCCAAACCCGAACUCCAGUGGGUUGGAAAGAACGGGCAGAACCUGACGAUGGAGAUUGUGACCAGCAUGACUCAGGACAGGGAGAACCUGUAUAGUGUUGUGAGUCACGUCACUGUCACAGAAGGGGAAGAGAAGGGAGACAUCAGCUGCAUAGUGCGGAAUAACCUGCUGGAGACUGAGCGACAAUCUGCGAUUCACCUCUCAGGUGAUGUCUUCCCCCGUGUGUCUCCCUGGCUGGCUGCAUUCUGGAUAUUGUUCACUCUGGUUCUCAUUGCUGCUGGAGCUUGUGCAUAUCUUGGAUACACAGCGAAGCGAAAGGCCUCUCAGAAGAAACGCUCUAAAUGUGAGGCUCUGAUAAAUCUUGAGACUGAGAAGAAGACCUGGGAGUCAGAGUACCAGGAGCUGCGUGAGACAACUGAUGUUGAAAGGAAGACCAUUGAAUCAGAGUGUCAGGAGCUCCGUAAGAAGCUUGAUGCUGAGAGGAAAGCCUUUGAAGCAGAGUGUCAGGAGCUCCGUAAGAAGCUUGAUGCUGAGAGGAAGGCCUUUGAAGCAGAGCGUUGCAAGGAGUGUGAGAAGCUUGAGUGCAAGUCUCAGGAAAAGGAGAACAAGAAGUCGAAAUCAGUCUAG